AUGGCAUCUCAAACACACUUCAAUCAUGGGGCAUCCAUCGAUGACACCGUCGCCAUCGGACCAGACUCGGAGCCGCUGAGCGCCUGGAAGGAGCGCAGCAAGAUUGAUACAAAAAACCAGAUCCGGCUGGUCAAGCUCUCGCACAUGCGCUACCAGCAUCCGGAUCUUGAGGAGAUUACCAUUUUCCUCCAAGAUUUUGGUAUGACGGUCGCGAAGCGCACAGGGAGUGAGAUUUGGUAUAAAGGGUACGGGACAGACCAGUAUGUGUACUAUGCUCGCAAGGGGCCCAAGGAGUUUCUCGGGGGUGCAUUCGAGGUUGAGUCGUACCAGGAUCUGGAACGGGCGACGGCGUUACAGUCGUCUAGCGAGAUUACGGGGCUAUCCGAGGCGCCCGGGGGUGGCCAUAUGGUCACUGUCCACGAUCCAGAGGGCUUCCCGGUGCAUCUGAUUUUCGGUCAACAACCCGCACAGCCGAGCAGUGUCCCCGAGAAGCUCACGUACAACUACGAAAACGAGAAGCCGCGGAUCCGGAAAUUCCAGCGUUUCAAGGCCGGGCCAGCCGCUGUUCAUAAACUCGGUCACUACGGCCUCUGCACGACCAACUACGACGCCCUUCUCGAAUUCUACACUCAAACCUUUAACCUCGUCCCAACCGACUUCCUCUACAUCCAAACCCCCAGCGGCACCCGCAAAAACGUCGCCGUCUUCGCCCACAUCGACCGCGGCACCACCCACGUCGACCACCACAGCUUCUUCAUGAGCACCAACACGACCUCCCACGUGCACCACUGCUCAUUCGAGGUGCACGACUUUGACACCCAGAAGCUCGGGCACCAGUGGCUCGCCGAAAAGGGGUAUACAUCUGUCUGGGGCGUGGGCCGGCAUAUCCUGGGCUCGCAGAUCUUCGACUACUGGUGGGAUACGACGGGGAAUAUGGUUGAGCAUUAUGCGGAUGGGGAUUUGGUUAAUGAGCUGACGCCUGUUGGGUAUGGGCCUGCGGGGCAUGAGUCGUUGGCUGUUUGGGGGCCGGAGGUUCCAGCGUGGUUUUUGAAAUAA